CAAAUGGUGGAAGAGUUAGGGGAAGGAGGCACAUUGAUGCCCAUCAAGUGCGACCUGACCAACGAUGAGGAAGUAGAUGCCAUGUUCUUCCAAAUCAUGGAAACGUGGGGAGGCAUUGAUGUGUGCAUCAACAACGCUGCUCAACUAGGAACACAGACGAUUAUCGGCAAGGAUAAAUUUAACAAAAUAUUAUAUUUCACCUUCACUCUGACCGAGAAGGAUUGGAGAGAUGUGCUGAAUCUGAAUGUCGUAGCAUUAUGCUAUUGCUCCAAAAAGACAGUGGAGUCCUUGAAAGAGAGGGAUUGCGACGAGGGACACAUAAUCAACAUUUGCAGCCUAUCUGGUCAUUGGGUAUUUGAGGUGGACCCCAAGCUCUACAACAUAUCCAAGUUCGCUGUUACAGCUGUGACGGAAGCUCUUAGACUAGAGCUAAAGGAGAUGAAGAAAAAUAUUCGGGCAUCGCAAAUAUGUCCUGGGCUUGUGUGGACGGAAAUGGCGAGUCUUCUUCCGGAAGAAGCGAUUCUCCAACUAGUAUCCGAAAAGGAUUCCUUGCAACCUGAGGACAUGGCCAAUGCUGUUCAAUUCAUUCUCUCUGCCCCUCCUCACGUCGAACGAAAUAACACCAUAGCUCUUAGGAUCAUGGAGCGGUGGAAGGGCCGAGUAGCACUUGUGACGGGUGCGAGUGCAGGGAUUGGUGCUGCUAUUGCUAUGAAGUUGGCUAAGACAGGCAUGAAGGUCGCUGCAUGUGCCAGAAGGGUCGAUUCUAUCCAGGAAAUGGUGAAAGAAUUGGGAGAUAAAGGCACGAUGAUGGCCAUCAAGUGCGACCUGACCAACGAUGAGGAAGUGGAUGCCAUGUUUUCCCAAAUCAUGGAAACAUGGGGAGGAAUAGACGUCUGCAUGAAUAAUGCCGCUAAGAUAGGCAUUCCAGACGCUCCUUGGUAUGAAUACAAUUUAUUCACCACUAUCUUUCUUAUGUUAUGGAUGUGUUGCAGUGAUGGAAACCGGAAGGAGUGGAGAGAAUUAUUUGACUUGAAUGUGAUUGCAUAUUGCUACUGUGCAAAGAAGACAGUAGAAUCCUUGAAGGAGAGAGAUUGUGACGAAGGACACAUAAUCAACAUUGGCAGCAUUGCUGGCCAUUGGGUAUUCGAAUUUGCUUCCGUGCCUUAUACCGCAUCAAAAUUUGCUGUUACGGCCAUCACAGAAUCUCUACGACUGGAGCUGAAGGAAACGAAGAGGAACAUCCGAGCAACGCAAGUAUCUCCAGGGGUGGUAAGGACGGAGAUGUUGGAUCACGUGCCAGAAGACCUUCUGACCCUCGUGAUGUCAGACAUGGAUCCCCUACUAGCCGAGGACAUAGCCAAUGCUGUGGAGUUCAUCAUCUCUACUCCUCCUCAUUUCGAGGCGCGCAUGGAGCGAUGGAAGGGUAAAGUAGCACUUGUGACAGGUGCAAGUUCAGGGAUCGGUGCAGCUAUUGCCAUGAAGUUGGCCAAGGCAGGCAUGAAGGUGGCUGCAUGUGCCAGGAGGGUCGAUCGCAUCCAG